GCUUUGGCCAUUGGGAGCUCUUUCAGGCAGGCUCUGUGUCCCUUUGACAUGCCACCAUCCUUUUGUUUCUUUGGAGCAUUCCCUUACUUUCUGAUAUUUCAAGACGCUGCAGGCUCAUCUUGUGUUUGUCCUGCUCCAACCCUGGCCUCAGCCAUUUCUCCAACGAGCCUGGUUCCUUUCCCUGGAGAGUGGUCUUAGAGACCAAGAGCUGGGUGCUGGGUGUGCUUGUUAUUCUAUGGUGGCCCUUCAGCAGACAGAUCCAGGAAAUCUGUGUGUGCAUGCAUACCCACAUAGACAUGCCUACACCUCCAUUAGGUUUUGUAACUAAUAGCUAUUUGCAUAUAAAAACGAAAUUGUUUCAUGUGUACAAAUUUUGUUCCCCUCCAAGCCUUACUAAAUUGUCUUGUUUUCCUCUUUGUAUCAUCUCAUCUCACCCCACAACAACUCUAUGAAGUCAAGACCAUUAUUGUCCCCUUUAUAGAGAAGGAAACUGAGGCUCAGAGAAUUCAAGUAACUUGCACAGAUGACACACCCCUGGGAGGAGGUUUCAAACCCAAGAGGUCUCACUUUGGGGGCCUGCAAGCUCUGCCCUCAUGGCUGUAAGACCCCGCUGGCCUUCAGGAAGCUAACCAGCUACACUCAAUGCGCAGCAUUAUGAUGAUGACCAAGGACCCACUAGGCGCCAGGCAUCUCAGAGGUAGGGGCGCCUGCCCAUUCAGGGCUUAGGAAGUAAGUUACUGCUGGGACAAGUGGUGUGGAGCUGUGAUCAACAGGCAAGACAGACCAUGAUUAAUGGUCAGUGGAAUGGCCCAGAUGGCUGGGCCAGAGGAGUCCAGAGCAAGUACCCCUGGGAGCUGAAUGCAAUGCAGGGUGCUCAACCCCAGGGAAGGGCUGAAAUCAGGCCAGUUGGGAAGAAGCCAUGUGGCAAAGAUCAGGCAGUAGUGGGGACAUCCAGUCAUGGGGGGCUAGGGCAAUGAUCGAGGGGACACAGAAUUCUCCACCAGUGCCUGUCCCUCUCAACCACCACCCAGCCCACCCCACUUAGUGUGGCUUAGUCCUUCAGGGCUCAGCUUAGGUGUGUCACCAGGCCCUUCCUGAGCCCCUACCAUCAGCCAGGCUGGUGCCUGCCCCCGGUCCCCUCAGCCCACAGACCUGAACCAGCCCAGUGCUCCUGUUUCCAUCUGUCUGUGCCUGGUUGCAUGUCUGUCUCCCUGACAAGUCACGGAGGGCAGGCCGUGUGCGCAGCACCACGUCCCAUGUGCUGAAGGAGCAGAUGUGUGGAUGCUUGGUGGGUGCUCCCUGGAGCAGCGGACAGGAGCAUGGGAACCGUGGUGCAGCAGCCAGCAGCCUGACUGCCCCUCCUUGGGGAGGGAGGGAGGGGACCAAUGAGAGAAACUUUGAAAUUCACAUCCCAGGCUGACAGGCAGCCCAAGUUGUCUGGCUUGCUAGCUUUGGGAAGCCUGGCACCAGGGCUGCCCACUCCUGUCACAGCUAAGCUCAGCCCCUUUGGGUGACAGGGGGCCUUCCUCAAAGUCCCUCCUCACGGGGCCAUGGGCUCCAGCUGACCUCUUCCUGAAGUCCCUUUGGCCCCUGGGCCCAGAUGAAGUUGAGUUUCUCAGAAAGUCAGGCAGUGGCCCAAGGUCCUGGGUUCCAGUCCACGGGCUGCCAUUUUCCUGCUGAACAAUUUUGGGCCAAUCAUCACAUCCCUCUGAGUCUCGAUGAGCACGCAGCCAUGGGUCAGGGCUUGGCACAAGCACAUCAUAGGUCCUUGGCAAAUGGGAACUGCUGUUAGUGAUGCUGAUGCAAGAGUCUACUAGGGAAUGUGCCAGCCCAGCGGAGUGUGCAGCUCUGUGGGAGCUUUAGGACAGCCCCUGUCCACAGUGUCCUCCAUCGUUCCAAAACCACACACUGAGAAAGCACAUGGGGACUCAGAGCCACCUCACACACAGCCCUGUUUUUGGUUCCUGAAGAAGCCCUGCCCAAGGAGGUACUCUGUCAGAAUGUGAAGCAAGGAAGGUUUUCCAGAGGAAAGACACCCAGAACUGGCUCCCAAGGGUGUGCAGGAGCAAGGAGAGAGGAUGCUCCGGGCAGGGAAGGGGGACAGUGCCAAGAACCUUAAGGCAGACCGUGCUGAUGUCAGUCCCACAUCCUGCUGAGUGCCAAAAGGGACGGGGUGCUUAGUUUAUUUACUCCCUGCCUUGUUCCCCAAAGGAAGUGAGGCAGCUCACAAACCCCAAAAGCCUGAAAAGAGGAGAAAUCUAGUGAAGGGAAAAGUCAUGGUGCAAAAGGAAGAGGAAGUCAGGGGUCCCCACUCACCGGGCUUUAAGAUCUGGAACACCUGCCAGAGGUAGCUACAAGUCUGGCUCUCAGCUCCCUAGUGGCUGAGGAGAAGAGUGAAAGCAGACCCAGGGCCCUGAUCCAGUGUGAAAGGACGAAAACACACUCACUGGUCUGGAGAAACACCUCUGGUUGCCAUCACCUGCUGCUUCUCCACUCCAUGGCUUACCUCCUCCUCUCUCUUCCACCUCCUCCAGGCUUCGGUGGGCACGUUGUCUGUGCUCUUACAGUUCCUGGAUCCCAUGUGUUCAGAACCUUCUCUCUUAAGGCAAGACUUUCUUUCUUUUUUAAAUGCAUCUCAGCACCCUGGCAAGCAGUAAGAUUGAGAAUAUUUUCUGAAGAGACAGAUAAGUGAAAUCCUUGGGCAGCACAGGAACAUGGAGAUGUCUGUGCAUCUCUCCCAGUACCUGGGCAUCUGGUCAGAGACGUGGGAGCCCCCUCUGCAGGCAGGAGGCAAGCAGAAGCAGAGGGUGGGCAAACCCAGACUUUCCAAGCUGUGAUGCGGAAAAAGCUUCUCACCAGGCCCCAGGGAGCGGGCAUUUGGGCUUUGAGGGAAGCUGCAGGUGGAGACUCGGGCAGAAAAGUUGGCCUUAGCAGGGACCAAGGUGGUGUUGGCCAAUUGCUGGAUCUUUCAGCCUUGUUGGGACAGGGAUUUGGGGCUGAGCUGCUGUGACCCAGUGGGUACUCACUCAGCACCCUCUCUCCCGCCCUCCCUCAGUGACGGCCAUUUGACAUGGGGGGCGGGGGGGGGGGUGGUGCUCCUCAGAGGGACCACAAGGCUGCAGGUCAGGGGCCAUCCACUUCCCCCAACCCUGGAGAGUCCCCUCUCGGGCCUGUGUUCUCUCUCAAACGGAGAUACCAGGUGGAGCCUGUGGCUUCCAGGAUCACCAUCACGUAGGUAACAGUUUAGUAAAAAGCCUGGCAUGUAGUAAGUUCUCAAGAAACGGUGUCUGCCUUUGAUGGAUGCGGAGCAGAGAGCCAGCGCAGUGCGGCGACUCACCCAAGGUCACACAGCCAGGGCUGGAUCCGACCCCGGGCGGCCUGACUCCGGCGGGCCGGGGUUUGUCUCGAGCCAGCUUGGGGAGCGGUGUUUGGAGGAGCGGACGCGGACGUGGGCGGGAAGGGACUUCUAUUUUGGAACCGGUGAGAGGAUCGCUGUUCGCCGAGAGGGUGGGUUUCUCCCCGGGCUCCCUGCGCCCCAGUCACCUUCUUGCGACCCUUCCCGGGAGGGGCGUCCUGGGCGGGUAGGGGGAGGUGGGAGCGGUGGGCGGGCGGUUACCUCAUCGCUGCCUCCCGGAGGCUCCGCUCGCUCGCUCGCUCGCACCGCCGGCUGGGGCGGCGACUCCGGGCGCUGGAGCGAGAGAAGGACGGAGGGACGGAGGCGCCGAGAGGCAGCGCUGCCCCGCGCCCCGCGCCGCUGUGGACCCGCGCGGCCGGGAGGUCGGACCUCGGUGCCUGCGCUGCCCGUGGCGCCUCCGGUCGCGCUGCGGGGCCGAGGCGGUGUCUGCGCGCCGCGCGCCGGCUCAUCUCUCCAGAGCUUCUGCACCCGCCGGAGCUGCUCGUGCGUCCGCCGUCGGCCUGCGCGGCUGUCUGUCCGGCCUCCCGCCGCCAGCUCCGUCCCCUGACCUGGCCUCGUCGGGCCCCGGGUGCGCCGGGGGCCGAUGAGGAGUGAGGCGGGGCUGGGGCGCACGGGGCAGGGCGCACGGCGCGGCGCCGGCCCAUGAGGCUUCCCAGCGCGGGGCGCGGCAGCGCGCGCGGGCCAUGGGGGGCAGCCUGCGGGUGGCCGUGCUGGGCGCCCCGGGUGUGGGCAAGACGGCCAUCAUCCGUCAGUUCCUGUUCGGUGACUACCCCGAGCGCCACCGGCCCACGGACGGGCCGCGCCUCUACCGGCCCGCGGUGCUGCUCGACGGCGCUGUCUACGACCUCAGCAUCCGGGACGGCGACGGCGCUGGCCCGGGUGUGAGCCCCGGGGGUCCAGAGGAGUGGCAGGAUCCUAAGGACUGGAGCUUGCAGGACACGGACGCCUUCGUGCUCGUCUACGACAUCUGCAGCCCGGACAGCUUCGACUACGUGAAGGCGCUGCGGCAGCGCAUCGCCGAGACCAGGCCGGCGGGCGCACCGGAGGCACCCAUCCUCGUGGUAGGCAACAAGCGGGACCGGCAGCGGCUGCGCUUCGGGCCUCGGCGCGCGCUGGCCGCCCUGGUGCGCAGAGGCUGGCGCUGCGGCUACCUCGAGUGCUCCGCCAAGUACAACUGGCACGUGCUGCGUCUCUUCCGCGAGCUGCUGCGCUGCGCUCUGGUGCGCGCCCGCCCUGCACACCCGGCCCUGCGCCUGCAGGGGGCGCUGCACCCGGCGCGCUGCAGCCUCAUGUGACCGAAUUGGACGCCGCCGCCAGUGGGGGGGGCGGAGGGCCAACGCCUAUUUGACUGGAACAACCAGGGACCUGGAUUGGACGAGAUUGCCCAACUUCUCUCGGAUUGGACAGAACAGAGUUUCUUCCGUGAUUGGAUGAGGAAAGCUCCCACCCAGUCUCCUGGGCGACAGGCUUCUCUUUGAGCCUCAUUGGACCCAGCCAGGCCCCAGGCCCCAGUGGACAAGGUCAGUCUUUUCUGGACCUCACUGCGUCAUGAUCCCAUUGGAUGGAAGGGAACUGGCUAUGAAUCUGAUUGGAAGCUCUCAGACUACUCCUGGAGUUUCAUUGGACAAACUCUUAAGUCAUGCCUCUCAGGAGGUAAUAAAGGACAAUUCACAUGCA